AGGUCAGACUUGUCUUCGACUUCGACUCGUCUGUCUUCGUAUCAUCACUUGUUUUCGUGUCGUGGCGUAAAAUAAGCUAGACUAGUAUUUCAUUUCAACUUGUGUUUUUCAUAUUCUAUGUAAUAGUAAAAUUUUAGAAUAAAAGUUGUAAAAAUGGCAGAGGUUGAUAAAAUACCUUCCUCUUUAGAGGACAAUCUAGUUCAUAACGCAACUAAUGCCACGGCAAAAAUCCCGGCGACUCCUGAAGGAAUGGCUGUAGCUUAUGGAAGUUUGUUGAUCAUGGCUUUAUUACCAAUAUUUUUUGGAGCGUUUCGCUCUGUCAAACACCAAAAAGAACAAAAGGAAUCUGGUGAAAAACCUGAAACGAUGACACAAAAAGACGCCGCCAUGUUUCCUCUAAUAGCAAGUGCUGCUCUUUUCGGACUUUAUGUAUUUUUUCAGACUUUUUCCAAAGAAUACAUAAAUCUUCUAGUGACUGGAUAUUUCUUCUUCCUUGGAGUGCUCGCUCUUUGUCAUCUUAUGAGUCCUGUAAUAAGCUCACUGGUGCCUGCUGCCAUUCCUAACAUUCCGUUUCAUUUACGCUUUUCAAAAGGAAACGACGAAGAUAAGACUGAUGUCAUCGAUUACAAAUUCACAUCUCACGACAUUUUCUGUUUGAUUUGUUGCUCAGUUGUUGGAGCUUGGUAUUUGAAAGAGAAGCACUGGAUUGCUAACAAUCUGUUCGGCUUAGCUUUUGCUGUGAAUGGAGUUGAACUGCUCCAUUUGAAUAAUGUGGUCACUGGUUGCAUUCUAUUGGGAGGACUUUUCGUCUAUGACAUUUUUUGGGUUUUUGGCACAAAUGUGAUGGUGUUUGUUGCCAAAUCUUUCGAGGCGCCAAUUAAACUGGUGUUUCCGCAAGACAUAUUGGAGAAGGGAAUUGCAGCCAACAAUUUCGCUAUGCUUGGACUGGGAGACAUUGUUGUACCUGGCAUUUUCAUUGCACUUCUUCUCAGAUUCGAUAAUAGCUUACAAAGAAACUCGAAGACCUACUUCUAUUCGACGUUUAUCGCGUACAUCGCCGGCCUAGCUGUGACAAUGUUUGUGAUGCAUGUGUUCAAGCAUGCGCAGCCGGCUCUGCUGUACUUGGUGCCUGCUUGUCUGGGCACUCCAAUGAUCGUCGCUAUUCUCAAGGGAGACUUGACGGCCCUGUUUCAAUAUGAAGAUCAUCCGUCAGACGAGAAAUCCAUCAAAGAGCCUGCCAACUCCGAGGUCACAUCGGCUCCCACCACCAAGAUUCCUCUCAAAGUGAAAAAAGACAAAUAAACAUUUUCGGUGCUUGAUUUUGUGGAGUGUAAAGGAUAAAAUCGUCAAAGAUGUCUGGACGAACUCAGAUUUUAGACAAAAAUAUUUUACCUUACGCACAUGUUAAAAAAUGUAUGACUUCCAUUCAAAAGUUUUGAUGAACAAGGCUCUUGUUCUGAAUCCAUUCUGUGAUAAAUUAAUAUUCCAUCGAUUUUUUCCUUAUCAACUAUUACUAAUGUUUGCGAAUUAUAACUCAUAACACUUUCAUUGUCUGCCUCUUUAAACUUUCAGUUUGAAACAUAACAAUAAAUUUAUUCAUUCAUGAGUAUCCACACUCUCAUUUAGGAAUUUUUCCUAAUGUAAAAAAUCUCUUGUUUAAAUAUCGAAUGACCUAAGUUUCAAAAGAGCUAUUGACCUAAAUCUCAAAGGACACAAAAUCCUUGUAUUGAACCACAUACAAAACUCAGGUAUCACAUUUGGAUCAAAUAUUCCUUAUCAGUAAAAAUAUAUUUCGUAUUAAUAUAAUUAAUUAUAUUACAAUAUUGGUUGGUAUCUUAAAAUUGCUUAACCAAUUAAGAAAAUCUCCUCAAGCUCGUCUAUCAAACUCAUUCCGUUCAAAUAUUUAAUUUCGAUCCAAGGUUCGAAAAAUAUUCAUUUGUUUGAUAACAACCUUGAAUUUCUCAUUAGAAAUUAUUUCUGUACCAGAGUUACUUAGCCAAUAAUUAUUUUAUUUCUAUUAGCCUAAUUAUUUACAAAUAAGUCGAUUGUUUUAAUAGGAAAAUAUGUCAGUUAAUUAAUUUAAGAAAUAUUAAAGAUGUACCAAUAAUUCUAGAGAAAAUUACCAUCAGUGAUGGCAAUUGCUGAUCGAUCAAUUCCUGCUAUGCUACUUAAUUAAGUUCCAUCCAUCAAAACAAAUUAGAUCUUACAUAGAAAAUCACUUAGUAUAGAACUAAUUUGAUUUCCUCUUCCAACAUUACUUCAGUAUCAAUAAUUAUUCAAACCUGGAGUUGGGUUUUUAUGAUCUAAGGAAAAUGUGUCGAUUGGCCUAAAAUGUAAACUUGAUCUUGAACUUAAAUAUCACUAGACCUAGAUAAUCUUUCAGUACCACAAAAACAAUUGUAUUAUUCUGCAUUUGGAGUAUAUAAACAUGUUUAUUGUAUCUAUUCUCUACAGGGAAUAAUUAUCGACAUCCAGAAUAUUAUUAUAUCAAUUCAGUUGAUAUUUUCAUGUUCUAUUGAACUUUUAAUCUUGAAAGUAUUGUAGGCCUAUUGUCUGAAUUGUUGUAAUUCUUUGGUUUGAAUCAAUUCUGCCACUAUCAAGUUUGUCUGAAUUGUUGUAAUUCUUAGGUUUGAACCAAUUCUGCCAUUAUCAAGUAACAUUAUUUUGUUGAUGUGCAAUCCAAACAAUUCUAGUUAUACUAUUAUUUGUUACUAGUAGCCUAUUUUGUUAAUGUUUGUUACUAUGAUACAUUUCUGCAAGCCACUGAUCCUACAAUGAAUAGCAAUGUGUUUUCUAUGCCAAUCAUAUUCAUCUUCAAAAAUUGAGAAGUUAUUUUUUAUAGAGGAUAUUAACAGUUUUGAAGAACCUUUUCAUGUUUUUUUUGUUUUGUUUUAAAUAUGAUUGAAAUAAGAAUUUGUUUUAAUUGAAUUUUUGAAUUUGAUUUGAAAUCUAAUUUUUCAUUUAUUUGAAUAAGAAUUGUUUACUUGUAGAGAAGUUGGAAAUGUAACAAGAAAGAAUUGAAUCCUUAAUCGUGUUUUCUAACACAUUGGUAAUUUUUGAUUUUGUCAUAGUAUUUAUAAAGAAUUAUGAAUCUUUUUUUAUCGGAAUAAAAAAAAGAAACUAAAGAAAAUAAACUUCCAAUAUUGAUUUGUUGAUGACAACAGUAUCUCAAUAAACUUAAUGUGGUGAAAUUUAUCAUUAAACUAUUUUUUCUUUUU